AUGCCCACCCCUAUAUUUCAAGAGUGUAAACCACUUAAUAACCCUUACACACCGCUAGUUACAACCGAGCACAGCAGGAUGAACGUGGUCGUUGCUUUGAUAAUAUCGCAUAUCACCCUAAUAUCUGCGGAAACUAGUUCGAGAAAACAUCGCAAGUUUCUAUCGCAAGAUAAAAGCAGAUUCUCACAAGUUGCACUCAAGGGAGACAAUGACAACGAAGAGGGGUUGAUGUCACUGCUUUUCCACGGACCAGUGGCACCUAGGCACAUUAACUUCGGUCUGGAGGAUUCCAACAAGGGGGUCAUCGGCGAGAUACAGCUAGGGGAGGGCUGCAAGAAAGCGAACAGAAUCAGCUGGACGCUGUACAAGAAUCACUGUUCCUACAAAACGAACAGCUUGACCAAAUUAAUAGCUUCAUCACAACUGUUGACCAAUACCCUGCAGAAAAAGAAGAAACGCUCGGCACAUGGCCAAGCUACAGGUGAUCAGACACAUGGAACACUUUUGAAAGAACGUUUACGUGAACAUUUUAGCGAAUUCGAGGAAAGGCAAGAAGAUGCCGUCGGUGUUGAUGUGGAAUAUGUGCCGCCAGCACAUGUGGGUUCAGAAUUCAAAGAGGUAUUCGAUCGCUUUGCUGAGCUGGAGCGUAUAUCUUUGGAUCUCGAACCUACACCAGAAGAAAAUGUGGAAGAUGUUGAUGGAUUCGAUUCAUCGGAUGAAGAAGAAGAUGCAUCACGUCGUACCAUGAGUAAUAAAAAAAGGUUGAAGCUCAUGAAUAGACCAACACUUGCGCAACUGAAACAAGUAGCAGAUAAACCAGAGGUGGUAGAGUUUUGGGACACAACUGCAGCUAAUCCGAAGUUCCUAGUAUGGCUUAAGGCACAACGCAACUCGGUUGCCGUACCAUCGCACUGGAGUGAGAAGCUCAGGUACAUGCAAACACGACGGAGCUACGAUAAACCUGUUUAUAAGUUGCCAUCGUACAUUGAAGACACCAAAAUCGCCGAAAUUAGAUCAGCAUUAAUUCAAAAGGAAGCUAAUAAAACACUGCGGCAGAAGCAGAGAGAAAAAAUCCUUCACGAUGCUUUCUUCAAAUACGCCACUAAACCGCCGAUGACCAAAUACGGCGAUGUUUACUAUGAGGGGAAGGAGAUGGAACUACGGAUGCGUCAUUACAAACCUGGGCAUAUGAGCGAACGACUAAAAAAGGCUUUAGGUGUUGGAGAAAAUGCGCCGCCACCAUGGUUAAUCAAUAUGCAGCGAUUCGGACCGCCGCCAAGUUACCCCAAUUUAAAAAUACCUGGAGUAAACGCGCCGCUGCCACAAGGAGCCUCUUUUGGUUUUCAUGCUGGUGGAUGGGGACAACUGCCAACUGAUGAUUCUGGUAACCCUAUCUUUGGUUACAUAGAUUCGAACUAUUACGAGGAUGGUCAUAUCAACAAGGAACUUUGGGGUGAACUUCCCAAAGAAUGUGAAGAAGAAGAAGAAGAAAGCGAAGAGCCUGACUCAUCUGAGGAUAUGCCAGAAGAGGGAACUGAUGUCGUGGCCCCUGUGGCAGAAGUACCCAUACCUGUAGUCAGCGGCGGUGUAGACACGCCGCUGGACGUACGUGUGGGCGCGGAACCCGCACGUACUGCACCUCGCAAGGCUUACACUGUUCUCGAACCGAAGGCAACAACGAACACUGCAAGCUCACUAUUUGGAUCGCAAGUUACUUAUUCCAUGCCACCUGUUGCUACGCCGAUCUGCCUCCAGGAGAAAUGCGAUGCCAUACGUCAUGAAAUCGAUGUAUUGCAAACCCAAAGCGCGAAGAAACGUGGCGAUGUCAUGCUGAUGCUAGAGACAACGCGUGACGAGAUAGAGGAUGCCCUGGCGCGGUGGAAAUACAGUAUCGCUAUGUUGAAUCAGCAUAUAUACGAUACCUUUUUAGCGUCUGAAUCCGAAUUUCCUCAGACUGUUGUUACGGUAUAA